UUCCACGCGCAGCUGGCGCACGGCAGCGCCACGGGCCGCGUGGAGAACUUCGCCAGCAUCCAGGAGCUCUACACCCAGAUCGCCGGCGCCUUCGGGAUCGCGCCCGCCCAGAUUUUGUUCUGUACUUUAAACACACCAAAAGUUGACAUGCAAAGACUCUUAGGUGUACAAAUAGGUCUUGAAGACUUCAUUUUCGCCCAUGUGAAAGGAAUUGAAAAAGAAGUGAAUGUGUAUAAAUCUGAGGAUUCACUUGGCCUCACCAUUACAGACAACGGUGCUGGGUAUGCUUUUAUAAAGGGAAUCAAAGUUGAUAGCCUUAUUGACUCAGUUAAAACAAUCUGUGUGGGAGAUCAUAUUGAAUCUAUAAAUGGAGAAAAUAUUGUUGGAUGGCGUCAUUAUGAUGUUGCCAAGAAGUUGAAGGAAUUGAAAAAGGAGGAACAAUUUACCUUGAAGUUAGUGGAACCUAAGAAGGCAUUUGAAGUAGAGCCCAGGACAAACGCUGGGAAGUCAUCAGAAGGGAAACUUGGCACUGGAAGAGGGACACUUCGACUACGAUCAAAAGGCCCUGCCACUGUGGAAGAAGUGCCAUCUGAAAAUGAGACAAAAGCCAUUACAAAGAUUGAUGACCUGCUUGAUUUGUACAUGGGGAUCCGAGAUACUGACUUAGCUACUACAAUGUUUGAAGCUGGAAAGGACAAAGUGAAUCCUGAUGAAUUUGCUGUGGCACUUGAUGAAACUCUUGGAGACUUUGCGUUCCCAGAUGAAUUUGUCUUCGAUGUGUGGGGAGCUAUUGGCGAUGCCAAACAAGGACGGUUUUGAUGUGGAUGAAGAGUUGAACUGUUGUUCAUGUAAAAACAAACAACUACCCACCUGUAAGAUCUGGCCUUAAACUCCAUUACAAACUCUGGUUUAAUUAUGUGUGUAGAGUACAUUUUCUUGAAGUAUAAUUUUGAUUUCUGAGUAUCUUUUUAAUUUGAUUUCUGGGUGCUUAUUAUGUAUGCUUAGGAUAAAUUACAUAAGAUUAUGAUCAAUCUUAAUAUUUAUUCAGAAGCCUCUUUGAAGUAAAUUUUGUGAUAUUUCAAGAUAGAUGAUGCUUUUGUUCCUUAUUAACACCCAUCCUUUGUUUUUCAUGUUUAUGUGGAAAAUUGCACACUGUUAUUGCAAUGCAAUGUUAUCCAUGCAGUAGGUUUGUAAUCCUUUUUAAAAUCUUACUGUAAUGAAAAUUAGGAUUGGAAUGUGAUUCACCUUGUAAUGUCUUUUGUUAUACUAGUAUGAAAGUGUAUGUUUAGAAAUAAAAUGUGAAUUAUGAUUAUUAUA